AGUUAGUUGAAUUUUGGAUUUAGAAAGUAAGAAUUAAACAGCCGAGCACUGAAGAGAAUAUAACCCGCGUCAGUUGUUGAUUUUUGUUUAUUGGCAGCACAUACAAUAGGACGGAAGUCGCUAAAGACGCAUUUGAAUGUAUCAUCUAUCUCCACUAAGAUCUAGUCCACAAUGGAUCUCUGCCUAGCCACCUACAGCCAAUGCAAAGCCCUGACAGAUGCUAGUAUAUGUAGCUAACAGUUGGACUUUCAAAUUCAUUUGACCACAGGUAGAGAUAUAGACAGGGUGUAGAUUGUUAGAUUUUUGUCUCCUUUAUUUUAAAAGAGACAUUACUUUGUAUAAUUAUUUAUUAAGCAUAAAUACCUCAUUAAUUCCCAUUGUUUGUAUUGCUUAACAACACUGUUUUCAAAUUUCGAAGUGAAAGCAAUACAGUUACGCUUAAGUAAUGGAGACCACUACACUAGCAUCCCUAGCAACUUUUACCAUGCUGACAGUGGCUACACAGACAGAAGUGUCUGAUAACCUCUGGUUGCUCGUGCUGGGCUUCGUCAUUGCUUUCAUCCUGGCGUUCUCUGUGGGUGCCAACGACGUAGCCAACUCAUUUGGUACAGCAGUGGGCUCUGGGGUGGUGACUCUGCGCCAGGCAUGCAUCUUGGCCACCAUCUUUGAGACAGUGGGCGCCAUGCUUUUGGGGGCCAAGGUCAGUGAGACCAUUCGAUCAGGCAUCAUCGACGUUCAGAUGUACAAUGGCUCAGAGGCUGUGCUGAUGGCUGGCUCCAUCAGCGCCAUGUUUGGAUCUGCUGUUUGGCAGCUCGUAGCUUCAUUUUUAAAACUCCCCAUCUCUGGAACGCAUUGCAUUGUAGGUGCCACAAUCGGCUUUUCCAUGGUCGCUAGGGGUCAUCAAGGUGUCAAAUGGUUGGAGUUGCUUCGUAUCGUUGCAUCUUGGUUUCUCUCACCGCUUCUGUCCGGUCUCAUGUCUGCCAUUCUUUUCUACUUUGUGCGCAAGUUCAUUUUGAAUAAGGAGGAUCCAGUUCCAAAUGGUUUAAGAGCCUUACCAGUAUUUUAUGCUGUUACCAUGGGAAUCAAUCUGUUCUCCAUCAUGUUUACCGGAGCACCAAUGUUAGGAUUCGAUAAAGUACCAUGGUGGGGCACCCUUCUGAUCUCACUGGGUUGUGCCGUGCUAACUGCUUUGGUGGUCUGGUUCAUUGUGUGUCCACAAUUAAGAAAGAAGAUAAAAAAUCAAAAUAUAGCCGACACUAGUGGGACUGCAUUGGUUGACAAGAAAGCAGUCUCAAAUGGCCCAAUGGACACGCCACCCCGAAGCUACUCUCCUGUUCCCCAGUCUCCCCCUGCUGACAGGAACAAGGUGGCCUUUGACAUCGGAGGCUCGGCUGAAACUGAUCUGGACAACAAAGAUUUUGACACUAAAGAUCUGGAUAGCACCCAUGCUUUGAAUGGCAAUGCUGGAAUGCCUCUACCAGAUUUGGGCGGAAGCCAGUUUUACACCGUACACAAAGACGCUGGAAUCUACAAGGAUCUGCUUCACAAACUCCACAUGGCCAAGGUCGGUGAAUGUAUGGGAGAGCUCGGAGAAAAGCCAAUGCGCCGCAACAACAGUUACACUUCUUACACAAUGGCCAUCUACGGAAUACACGGGUCACUGAAAGAUGGUGAAGGAAGCCGGACCGGACUGGAUGGAGAGAAAAGGCGUACGCGGUACGACAGCUAUAAUAGUUACUGCACCGCUGUGUCUGAUGAAGAGGUCGGUGUGAGUGAUGGACCUGCAGCAGUGGAGAUGGGAGAUGUGGUUGUGGGAGGAGAACCACUGGAAGAGGAGAUAGAUGAGCUUGAGAUAGACAGACCAGAGGUGUCCACGCUCUUCCAGUUCCUGCAGAUUCUCACAGCCUGCUUUGGAUCAUUUGCUCAUGGUGGAAAUGACGUCAGUAAUGCGAUCGGCCCUCUUGUUGCUCUCUGGCUCAUUUAUGAACAUGCUUCCGUAGCACCCAAUGUUCCCACACCGCUAUGGUUGCUCCUGUAUGGUGGAGUGGGCAUCUGCGCAGGGCUCUGGAUUUGGGGUCGUAGGGUCAUACAAACCAUGGGCAAGGAUCUGACACCCAUCACUCCCUCCAGUGGGUUUAGUAUUGAGCUUGCCUCUGCUAUAACUGUGGUUGUUGCUUCCAACGUUGGACUACCAGUCAGCACAACUCAUUGCAAGGUUGGAUCAGUGGUGUCUGUUGGCUGGCUUCGCUCCAGGAAAGCCGUUGAUUGGCAUUUGUUCCGGAAUAUUUUUAUUGCUUGGUUUGUGACUGUGCCGAUUUCUGGUCUCAUAAGUGCUGCUAUUAUGGCGCUUUUCUACUUUGUUAUACUGCCUAUGACCUAAAUGUUGAUGUUGUACAUUAGCCUGUAAAUACAUAUACUUUUAUGCAAAAUUGGUCCCCAACAUAUUAUUUAGAUUUUUUUCACCCAGUUCCAUUAUAUGUACUGUAUAAUAAAUCAAAGUCCAGGCUGUUGAUACAGCACAGUUUUACUCUGUUAUUUUUUUAUACAUUUUUAAGGUUUUAAAAAGCAGACGUUACUUCUAGGGGCAAUAUUUGAGAGACAUUUUAUAUGAAAAUGUUUAUUAAGUUUUUAUUUGGGGACCUCUUAAUUUUACCAUUAAGAAAAAAUGUUGUUUAGGUUAGACAAAUGUUUUGUUUCAACUUUUGAUAUUUUGAAGGCAAUGAAAAUGAUUCAUACACUUUAUACUUUAUACUCAAUGUUUUAUUUAUAAAAAACUAUACAUGCAUGACAUUAAAAAAAAUCUUUGUUCUA